CAGCCCGAUGGUCAGAUGCCAAGUGACAAAACCAUCGGUGGUGGGGAUGACUCGUUCAACACGUUCUUCAGCGAGACGGGAAUCGGCAGCACAUGUGUCCUCUCCUCAGAUGAAGUGCGCACAGGGACCUACAGGCAGCUCUUCCACCCGGAGCAGCUGAUCACCGGCAAGGAAGACGCAGCCAAUAAUUAUGCCAGAGGCCAUUACACCAUCGGCAAGGAGAUUGUCGACCUGGUCCUGGACCGAAUCCGCAAACUGGCGGACCUGUGCACGGGGCUGCAGGGCUUCCUCAUCUUCCACAGCUUCGGGGGCGGCACCGGCUCCGGGUUUGCGUCUCUGCUCAUGGAGCGGCUGUCGGUAGACUACGGCAAGAAGUCCAAGCUGGAAUUUGCCAUUUACCCGGCGCCCCAGGUGUCCACGGCCGUGGUGGAGCCCUACAACUCCAUCCUGACCACCCACACGACCCUGGAACAUUCCGACUGUGCCUUCAUGGUAGACAACGAAGCCAUCUACGACAUAUGUCGGCGCAACCUGGACAUCGAGCGGCCCACCUACACCAACCUCAAUCGUCUGAUCGGGCAGAUCGUGUCCUCCAUCACGGCUUCCCUACGCUUUGACGGGGCCUUGAACGUGGACCUGACGGAAUUCCAGACCAACCUGGUCCCGUACCCCCGCAUCCACUUUCCCCUGGCCACCUAUGCCCCGGUCAUCUCAGCGGAGAAGGCCUACCACGAGCAGCUGUCUGUGGCUGAGAUCACCAAUGCCUGCUUCGAGCCGGCCAACCAGAUGGUCAAGUGUGACCCUCGCCACGGCAAGUACAUGGCCUGCUGCAUGCUGUACAGGGGGGACGUGGUCCCCAAAGACGUCAAUGCGGCCAUUGCCACCAUCAAGACCAAGCGCACCAUCCAGUUUGUGGACUGGUGCCCGACUGGGUUUAAGGUGGGCAUCAACUACCAGCCCCCCACCGUGGUCCCUGGGGGAGACCUGGCCAAGGUGCAGCGGGCUGUGUGCAUGCUGAGCAACACCACUGCCAUCGCUGAGGCCUGGGCCCGCCUGGACCACAAGUUUGAUCUCAUGUAUGCCAAGCGAGCCUUUGUGCACUGGUAUGUGGGAGAAGGCAUGGAGGAAGGGGAGUUUUCCGAGGCCCGGGAGGACCUGGCAGCUCUGGAGAAAGAUUAUGAAGAGGUGGGCGUGGAUUCCGUGGAAGCAGAGGCCGAAGAAGGGGAAGAAUACUGAAUGGAAGAAUGUGGCUGGCAAGUGUUCCUCUUCUCCCACUCUCUUGCUACCCCUUGGCUUGGUUACUUUCAAAUUGUUCACCAUUAAAGUUUCUGUACUAAACCCGUUGCAGUACUUGGCUAGGAUACACUGUUUACAGGAGUAGAUGUCCCUUAUCCCAGCCCAGAGCUGUGUGGAGGCUGGCUGGCUAGAGAGUGCUAUGCUGUGGCAGGGGGUGCAGCAUUGUCUGCAUGUGUGAGGAGCAACUGUUCAUAAGACAUGCCCCAAGGGAAAUCGUAUUUUCAAUUCAAGGUCUCCAAAUGGAAAGGUCUACCCAAUUCUAGGAAAAGCAAGUUAAGUUUUUCAAUUAAAUUUGCCACCUUUCAGGCCUCUCCACUGAUGAGACAUCUUGACUAAAUAUAAACAUUUGGAAAUGGAAUUUUGAAACCUGAGGUCCUGUAAAGGGAUUGUCCUCAAAAUCCCCAAACCUGUAGGUCAAAUGUGUAAGGCCAUUUUUUUGAGAAGAGCAGAUUUCUACAUUACAAUUAGGACCUACAGAAGUUUGGCACAAUUCAUCUCUGACCUUACUGUUGAAAGUAUUCUCCCCUCUGCUCCAACCCCUCCCCCUAUUGCCUUGAGCAUCCUGGGAAUGGGCUUGGUAAGUGUUUAACCUUUUAUGUUAGGUAAAUUGUGUUCAUGUCUAUCUAUAGAAGACCUAGAAAUACAUAUUUUUUCUCCCAAGUCCAGAAAGUGAAGUCCACAAAAGAAGUCACUAGGUUAGU